UGACGAAUAUUCAUCUAUUUAGAUAUAGCCUAUACGGACACGUUUGCAGUUGGGACUCCAUCCCAGGGCGACUGACCAAUAGGAGAGCUGAGCGCAAGCUUAGUAUGUGCAAACAGUGUUGGGAUAAAAGCGCAGCAAUAUUAACAGCACGUCUGUUUUAUCACACGCCUUGCCUGAAGGAACAUAUCUUUUGGAAACAGCUAUGUUUUUAAGCCACGUGCUUUUCAUUGCUGGAACGCAAAGCGUUUCUGUCAUAUUUUUGCUCCAUUUACUACUUUUGACGGACACUGCCGAAUUACCCAGCUGCAAAGAGUCUGAUUACCAUUUUGAGUACACAGACUGUGACGUUUUGGGCUCUCGAUGGAGAGUGGCGAUACCCAACAAGCCAGAGACAUGCACUGGCCUACCUGAUCCAGUCAAAGGCACUCAAUGCACGUUCACCUGUAAUGAAGGCGAAUAUCUGGACAUGAGGACUCAAGAGUGUCAGAAAUGCGUCGCAGGGACCUAUUCUCUUGGGACAGGUGUUGCCUUCGAUGAGUGGGACAGUUUGCCCACUGGCUUUAUCAGCCAUGGCAUCGAUGUUAACUUUGGAGACACUUACACAAAUUGCUCCAACUCAACAUGGAUCCCGAAAGGUGACUAUGUUGCCUCUAACACAGAUGAAUGCACUUCAACUCUUUCCUAUGCUGUGAGUUUGAAGAAGCCUGGAUCUGUUUCCUUCCAGUACUUCUAUCCAGACAGCCACAUCUUUUUUGAGUUUUAUGUUCAGAAUGACCAGUGUCAGUCUACAGACUCUCAACGUCGCUGGAUGAAGAUAUCAGAAAGUGAUUGGGAUCAUCAUUAUGUAGAGCUGAGUAGUGGUAACAAUGUCUUGUACUGGAGAACAACAGGUUUCACUUUGGCUGCCAACACUGCCAAACCAGUUCUGCUGAAGAACAUUAGCAUCUUGGGGGUCUCGUAUACGUCGGAGUGUUUUCACUGUAAGCCUGGUACCUAUAGUGAUAAACCAGGGGCUGCCCACUGCAUCCCAUGCGCUGCUAAUUCAUACUCUAAUAAGGGAGCCACUGCAUGUCAACCCUGUGAGGCAGACAAAUAUUCAGGGAUUGGUUCUGGAACCUGUCUACAGCGACCGCCCUGCAAGACGACUGAUUACUUCUAUACUCACACACCAUGUGACUCCAGUGGUCAGACACAGCUGAUGUAUAAGUGGAUUGAGCCCAAGAUCUGCAGUGAGAGUGUGGAGGAGGCCGUGCAGCUCCCGGCCUCAGGAGAGAUGGUGGCCUGUACUUCAUGCAAUCCAGGAUUCUUCUUCAGCAACACCUCCACCUGUGAACCCUGCCCACAUGGCUUCUAUUCAAAUGGGACAGAAUGUUCUGAGUGUCCCGCUGGAACGGAACCAGUUGUGGGUUUUGAGUAUAAAUGGUGGAACAAGAUGCCCGGCAACAUGAGGAGUUCAGUCUUCAGCUCAGAAUACAGCAGCACUGAGAGGAGCACAGGCUGGGAGGUUGCGGGCGAGUACAUCUACACCACACCAAGCGAUCAGGACUCUGAUUACAUGCUGCUGACGCUCACAGUUCCUGGAUACAGCCAGCCUCAUUCCCUGAGUGAAGACAAAGAGAGAGUCGCGCUUUCCAGAAUAACAUUUGUGUUUGAAACGAAGUGUACAGCUGAUUGUAAACUUUAUUUCAUGGCAGGUCAGAAUGAAAGGAAUAAUAUGGUCGUGGAGGCUUGGUCAGGCACUAUAGGAAAGCAGUCCUAUUCUUAUCUUAUUAAAAGCAACAACACUGUUAGCUUCACCUGGGGUUUUCAGCGCACUGUGGCCUUCAGCAUGCAAAAUGAAUACAGCUCUGACCUGGCUAAGAUCUACUCAGUUCACCUCACUAAUGUGAUUGGGGGCGUGGCUUCAGAAUGUCGACAGUGUGCCUUGGCUCUGGCUGACUCUGACUCUGCCUGCGUUCCCUGCCCUCCAGGACACUACAUGCUGAACGGCACUGGAGUGUGUAAAAGCUGUCCCUCAAAUACCAUCAUCAGGCCCGAGCGGCCAGUCGGAAAGGAAGCCUGCAUACCUUGUGGACCCAAUACUUACAGUAAUCAAGGCCGUUCUGCGUGCAUGAGUGACUGUACAUUAGCACUGCAUCAUAAAGGAGAGACCUUGCAUUAUGAUUUCUCUCCGCUGGCAAACACCACAGGCUUCCAGAGCAGCCCACGCUUCACCAGUAAAGGGCUGCAAUAUAACCACCAUUUCAGUGUGGCACUGUGUGGAACAGAAUACAGGGCUCUUGCAUCCUGUGUGGAGAAUGUCACUGAAAGCAAGAGGGUUGUAAAAGGCUACAUCUGUCAGUUCACUGUAGUGCCUUCUGAGAUCAGGGGUCAGAGCGUUGUGUCCUCUCAGCCCUUCAGUAUUGGAGACACUUUAAUUGGAGUGAGCACCGACCACAAAUUUGAUGACAUCUCGUCAUUGGACGGCAACUUUCCUGUUGAAUCAGAGCUGCCGGAUGUCAUAUUCUACUACAGAUCUAGAGAAACUACGCAAGCAUGUAAAAAUGGAAGAUCCACCUCCAUUAGGCUUCGAUGUGAUCCCACUGUAACACUGAAAGACCUUGUUUCCUUACCAAGUAAGUGCUCAGAGGGCACCUGUGACGGCUGCUCCUUCCAUUUCCUGUGGCGUUCCCAGCAUGCCUGUCCUCUCUGCUCUGAGAGAAACUAUAAGGAGAUCGUGAGUGCUUGUAUCCAAGGAAUUCAGAGGACUACCUAUGUGUGGCAGCAACCUCUGAGGUGCACAGGCGGGGUGUCGCUGCCAUCUCAGCAGAUUAGUGCCUGUGUGACACUGGACUUCUGGCUGAAAUUUGGCGUCUCCAUUGGAACUGUGGCUGCCGCAUUGCUCAUUACACUCAUCUGCUACUUCUGGAAAAGGACACGCAAGCUGCAGUAUAAGUACUCUAAGCUAAUGAUGACGGCAGGAGAUAAGGAGUGUGAACUUCCAGCUGCAGAUAGCUGUGCCAUCAUGGAAGGAGAAGAUGCAGAGGAUGACCUCAUCUAUCUCUCAAAAAAAUCUUUCUUUACCAAGAUCAAGUCAUAUUCCAGAGAGAGAACGUCAGAUGGGUUUGAUUCUGUUCCUCUUAAAUCAUCAGCUGCCCAGGAGAUGGAGAUGAACUAGUACUUCUCAGACGCAUGGAAAGCCAGCAGGAAAUGUUUGGCCUGUCGUAUGACGUCCUUGACACUAUAGUGGACAUUAUAACAUCAAUACUGCUAUUCCCAAAGAGACUGAGGGAAGCAAAUGAUUCAGAAACAAGUUUGCUCCCUUAUACCGGUUGGUUUCUCCUAGAUUUAGCAAAUCCAGUCUAUGCCGACCGAAGGCAAAAUUGGCAUGGGAAUUGGGAAGUUUAUUUUUAUUUUUAUGUGAGCUUUUUUUGUUUUCGUAAUUUGCCUAUAGGCCUACACACAUUUUAUACUAAACACAAAUUAUGUUUCACUACAAAGUUCGGGAGGAGCACGUUCAAAUAAUCAAUCCAAUGAACUUGUCAUCAACAAUCAUCAUGACUAUCCCAUCAGCAUGAAAGGAAGCAUAUAAAGGCAUUCAGUCGACUCACCUACAUUCCUUGACAGUUUUUCCCUCCACCACCACGACACUCUCGGCUUGUUCCUUUCACAGCCAGGAAUAUGGGGGGAGUACUCUGGGUUUAGGCCAAAUACCGAGCCUGGAUCCCUCUCCUCUGACGGCACGCCAAAUAUGUAUGCCAUCUGACUUAUUUGGUAAUAUUCACGUAAUAUUAGUCUGAUUACGUGAAAUGCUUGUGAAAGAUAAUGGUGGAAAAUCCACAUUGCAUUAGUCACAUGCCAUUACAUGCUACAUGCCCAUGGGUUACACUUUAUUUUAAGUUAUCCAUGUUACAGUGAUGUUACAAUGUAGCUAAUGACCUACAUUUAAGUUUGUAGUAAUGAAAAUUAACUUGUAGCCUACUUAGGAAAAGGGACUGGUUUAGGGUUAGUUGCAUGUAAUUAUUACUAUAGCCUAGUAACUACAUGUAACAAGGACACUGUAAAAUGAAGUGUUAACCCAUCCUGUUAAAUAUCAGAUAUGAUAUUUUUCUUUUCUUUUAGGUCAGUGAUAUGUUGUUUUCAUGAAUUUGAGAGCUAAACCUGCCUUACAAGUGGUUGCAAAAUAUUGAAUUUUUCCAUUUGUAAAUCACUCGAAUGUUUUGACAUACCAGAAUUUGUUGUGUGAACAUUUUUUUGUUCUUUUUUUAUAUCGUUAUUUGUAUUUUAGGAAAUGUCGUUGUCUAAGAUAGUCUGUUAUGUUUUUUUUAGUAUAUAUAAAAGCCCACUUGA